AUGUCGCAACCCCUACCUUCAUACACAAAAGUCCUGCAUAAUGCGACAUACGACGCCAUCAAUCCCCGCCUACCGGCGCUCUCAACCGCUGGAAAGGUCGUCCUAAUCACCGGCGCAUCCGGCGGGAUCGGACGGGCCACUACCUCCUCCUUUGCUGCCUCUGGCCCGAAGGCGCUCGUACUGCUCGGCCGCAACCUUGACGCGCUCUCCGACACGGCAGCUCAAGUCGCAGCCGCCGACGCAGCCGCCGACUCAAGCCGUCCCAUCGUGCGAACGCACGCCGUCGAUUUGUGUGACGCCGCUAGGCUAAGUGAUAUCAUGGCCUCCGUUGCCGAUGAAUUCGGCGGUAUUGAUAUACUCGUUCACUGCGCCGGCCACCUGCCGCCCAUUGCGCCGCUCCUUUCCGUUGAUCCGGCCAACUUCCUGAAAGGUUUCGAGACGACCGUCACGGGUACGCUUGCCGUCGCGCAGGCCGUCCUCCUGGCAAACGGAGCGUCGCCCAGUCACGAGGAUACGAGGAAAGAUGCGCCAGCACCCAGCACGGAUCGCACACCGAAGCCUGUCACAUUCAUCAACCUGACAUCUGCUGGUGCCUUAUUCCCCUCAUUCCGGGGAAUGGGCACCUACGUGACCUGCAAGCUUGCGGCGAUUAAGCUCCUGCAGGCAAUGGCGACAGAGAAUCCUCAGAUGCAUGUCGUUAACGUCCAUCCUGGGUUUUUGAGAACCAACAUGUCAGCGCAAUUAGAGAAGGACGUGACGCUACCCUUUCCUUACGACAACAUUUCCCUUCCAAGUGACUUUCUUGUCUGGGUCGCCUCGUCGGAGGCAUCCUUUCUCCGGGGCAAAAUCGUCUAUGCUGCCUGGGACGUGAACGAGUUAAAGGAGUUGCAGUCGGAUAUUAUUGCCCCCGAGGGACAGCCUGGAGGUGGCGAUCUGUUCCUGGGCUUCCAAGGGUUUCCUCGGUACAUCGGAGGGCGCCCGGUCGGUGCGUUGCCUCACCUCAGCCGUGAUAUUCCGGCGAAAGACAAUCAAUGA